GAGACUCUGAUGCUGUAGCAGGAUCACAACCAAGAAGAAGCAACCGCGACUAAACUACAACCACGGAUAUUUUGCUCACGCAGUACCGGACGGACAGAGAAGGCACUACACCGUGUGAUUGGCCAUGAUGACUGAAUCAGGAGCGGACUCUGAGCCCAAGCAGCAGAAGGAGAAAGGAGGAAAGGCAGUUGAACACUUCCCAGCUGCCACUGGACACAGUACACCAGCCAGAAAUAACCAGUUUGAGGACUUUUCAUCUACCAGAUCAUCGACCAGUCGCCUGUCAAUCAAGUCUCCACUGAGGGGAGUCAAGAAGCUGAAGAACAUGCAGUGUAAAAUCACCCUGCUAGAUGGCUCCGACUACACCACGACGGUGGACAAACAAGCCAGAGGCCAGCUGCUGUUUGCCAAGGUGUGUGACCAUCUGAACCUGCUGGAGACGGACUACUUUGGCAUGACGUACCGUGACGUGGAGAACCAGAAGAACUGGCUGGACCCUAACAAGGAACUGAAGAAGCAGAUAAGGACUGGCCCUUGGAACUUUGCCUUCAAUGUCAAGUUCUACCCCCGAGACCCUGCCCAGCUCUCUGAGGACAUCAGCAGGUACUACCUGUGUCUCCAGCUGCGUGAUGACAUGGUGUCUGGUCGUCUCCCCUGUUCCUUCACCACCCACACCAUACUGGGCUCCUACACGGUUCAGUCAGAGCUGGGGGACUACGACCCCGAGGAGACGGAGUACAACAGAGAGCUCCGCUUCGCUCCGAACCACACCAAGGAACUAGAAGAUAAGGUCAUGGACCUACACAAGAACCACAAAGGGAUGACCCCAGCUGAAGCAGAGAUGCACUUCCUGGAGAAUGUUAAGAAACUGUCCAUGUAUGGGGUAGAUCUCCAUCACGCUAAGGACUCUGAAGGCUUAGAGAUCAUGCUAGGAGUGUUCUCCAGUGGGCUCCUCAUCUAUAGAGACAGACUGAGAAUCAACCGCUUCGCCUGGCCCACGGUCCUAAAGAUCUCCUACAAGAGAGACAACUUCUACAUCAAGAUACGCCCUGGAGAGUUUGAGAGCAUGAUUGGCUUCAAGCUGCCUAACCACCGUGCAGCCAAGCGACUGUGGAAGACUUGUGUUGAGCAACAUACAUUCUUCAGACUGGUGUCUCCCGAGGCCCCCCCGAAGAAGUUCCUAGGUCUUGGUUCUAUGUUCCGCUAUAGCGGUAGAACCCAGGCUCAGACCCGGAGAGUCUCCUCUCAGAUCAUCAGGGCCGCGCCCUUCUUCGAACGCUCCUCCUCCAAACGCUACCCCAUGUCACGGAGUCUCGACGGAGUACCCAUAACAGAGAACCACCACACCCUGAUGAUGAGGGAAGCUACACCAGCCAAAGCUGUCGCCACCGGAGACCUGAUUCCCACGGUAACCCCAGAGAAGAAGACAGAGGAGGAGGAGGAGGCUGGGGAAGAGGCGGAGCAGACCUUCGCCGACGAGAUGUCGGAUUGCAACGUCAUUUCAACCCCGCUCAGACAUGACAACAAGACGGACAGCGAGCAAACUGACUUUGACUUGGACGGAGAAACCACGGCCUCCGAGUCGGAGCCAGAGGAUGAUUACUCUGAAAAGAAGACACAGGACACAGAAGAGUUGGAGGAGAAGGCGAAGCACCAGAGAGACAUCAGCUCCUUCCUAGAGAUACCAGGCGGUGCUGACGCCCCGGGACUGAAGAGACUGUCCCCGUCUUCUCCAGCACGUUCCCACAGCGGGGGAGUGGAGGAGGCACCUAUGAUCGAACCACUAGACACCCGACAGGACCCAGAGCCAGAGGAGGUUCCUGCUGCUGAGGAAGAGAUGCAGCAGGAGGUACAAGCUAAUGCCAUUGAGGCUACAGACAAGUCAGGCAUGGUGGACCCUAGUGAUUUUAUGGUGGGGGCGGAGACUGCUGGAGCACAGGGGAGUUGCCUGAUGACUCUGGAGGACACCUUGGAGGACAUCACCAGUGACUGGAUGGACAGAGAGACGGACGAAGAAAAAGAGGACAGAGAAGGAAAGAAAUCACCGGUGUCUCCAGAGCUAAAUAUUAGUCCAGGGACAGUCAGACAGGAAGUCUCUACGGCCAUCUUGGACAAGAGAGGAACACUCAUCAUCCUGAGGGAAAUGGAGUCUGAAGACAAGAUGGACGCCAGUGACCAGAUGGAUAACGGCGCAACCUUCACCGACCAGGAUGAAGGAGGGGGGAGUCUUCCCAUCAAGGAGGAUGACGUUGGAGAUGGUCUGACCCGAUCGAAGGAAAACGAUACCCAAUUCACCUUGAAUGAAGAAGAGACUGGCGGUGAGGUAGAUGCUGAGACCACGUCUAUGGAGACCAGCAACGAGAGACUUAACUUAAACCAGACUGAGACUGAAGACGAAUCGGGUGGUAUUAACCCACUGGAGAUGAGUGACGCUCCGUAUUCCUCUGUGGUCAUCACAAAGACAGAUGAAAGGUCAGAGGUCGCCAGGAGGUCACGUGAGGAGGCGACAGACUUGGACCGGAUUACCCAGGACGCACCACUACAGAGAGAGGAGUCGCGCGGCCAGGACGAAGCCCGGAGCGACCUGUCACAGUCGAGCUUCGCCAACGGUCAAUUUGACACCAAACCAUCGCCUGGAUCUCGAGCCAUGAGCUCAGCUGGAGAGGAGGAGGAAACAGGAGGAAGCCAAGAAGCACCUGAGACAGCACCUACGAAACCCGAGCCAGCAGAGGAGUCGAUCACGAAGGAGGUUCCUGUUGUCCACACAGAGACGAAAACCCAUGAGUCUUCAGAGGUGUGUUCAUUUGGGCAGAAGAAGAGAAAAGGAAAGCAACACUGAGUUUCUACUUGGUUCAGGAGUAAGGACAGCUCUAUAUCCCCCCCCCUGGUAGAAGGACUCGCCCUCCAACCUCCUCCAGCGUCAUGAUGGACCUCAUUACAUUACUGUGCCCGCCUGCUGGGCCUGUUAUAACUACAGUCGAGACUAUAGAGCCAGCCUGUUGUUCUACAGACGGACUCUGCUCCGUAGAAAUAUAACCUAUAGAACGGGCCUCCCCAUUCCAGUCAAUGAUGGCAUGAUAGAUUGUAAUUCUAUGCUUUGUUCUCAAUGGGGCCCGAUCCAUGUGCUUAACUUGGACUUUGUAAAAAAAAUCAUCCAUUGAUGUC